UCUUUCUUCUCCGCAAAGAAAGAAACCACGACCCGAAAGAGGACACAGAGAGAGAGAGAGAGAGAGAGAGAGGAAAAGCUCAGCAGCGGCGAUGGCGAGCGGCGGAUUCAUGGCGAAGAAGGAGCUCGGCGAGACCCACGACGUGCUCCGCUUCGGCGUCAACGACAGCGUCCGCGGCGACCUCGCGCCGGCGCACCCCGUCCAGGCCGCCAUCCACAAGGAGUCCAAGUUCUGGGACGACAAGAAGAAGUUCGGGACCGAGGCCAUCUACGGAUCCGCCUUCAACAUCCGCAAGGAUCUCGACGCCCAGAUCCUCUCCAGGUUCCAAAGGCCCCCAGGUGCAUUGCCAUCAUCUAUGCUGGGAUAUGAGGCAAUGACAGGUUCCUUGGAUGAUUUUGGAUUUGAAGAUUACCUUAACUUGCCCCAAGACUCUGACAGCCUGCGCGUACCGGACAUGCACCACGGGAUGGAGGUUCGCCUUGGCCUGUCCAAGGGACCCAUCUGCCCCAGUUUCAAUUGAUUCCAUCCAUGUAUUAGUCUUGUGAUACGUUGUGCUCCCCGUCCAGCAUCUACACCAGUCACUAGGCUGUAUCAUGGAUUUGUGAAACAUGAGAACUAAAUGGGUAUCGCAUCAGUUUGAAUUCUUUAA